CCCACCUCCCACAAAACGUUUUCCAAAUUUUGUCGUGGCUAUAAUAUAUAUACAUUUAGCAAAUAUAUAAUUCCGUCUAUGCGCUUUUCUUGUCCCUGUUUUCCCCUGCGCGCCUCCCUCUUUUCGCCAACCAUUAUAUUUCUCCCUCAGUCGCUGGUCGUAACGAAUAUGUUUGAUCUCUACUAGUACUAGUACUAGUCGUAGCUAGCCAAGGAUAUGCUUCACGGGGUGGGGUUCAUUUAUUUAACAUCCAUGAUCCAUCCCUGUGUGAAGUGUGCUGCUGAUCAGCGAUCAGCCGCUAGCUAGAUGUGUUGUUGGUGUGUUUGAUCAAACCCACCACCCAUUCUGAUUUCUUUGGCCUUUUAUUCUUCUCAUGAACAUGAAACAACUGAAAUAAGAGCUCGCUGUGUCAAGUAUCAUGGAUCAAAGACAGAAAGGAUCAGAGGCAGAGCACAUGAAUCAGAGUAGCAUUGCGCCGCCCAGCAAAAGCUGUACAGAUUGCCACACAACAACAACACCAUUAUGGAGGGGAGGUCCAGCUGGGCCCAGGACUCUUUGCAAUGCAUGUGGGAUUAAAUACAGAAAGCGAAAGAGGGCUCUUGUUGGUUUAAACAAAGGAGCAACUGGAACAGAGAGGAGGAAACACAAGACUACUGGAGCCCCUUUGAAGCUGGGAUUGAAGUCUAUGGAAAGAGAAAUGGUCGAAAUGGUGUUCCACUUCCACAAGAGGAAGUUGAAAGAAGAAGAAGAAGCCGCUAUACUGUUGAUGGCCCUAUCUUGUUCUAGUGGCACUGGCGGCGCCGUCUAUGCUUAAAACUCUGUUUCCUCACUCCUAUGUUGUAAAGGAAAGAAUCGGAAGGUGACACGCAAAGUACACCUAGACAUUCUAAAUCUAAACUGUUACCACGUCAGUGCAUGUAGUUACACGUGUCUUCACAGUUGACCCUACAAACUCUUUCUACUCCUAGACAUUCUAGGAGGUUCCCCUGCCUGCAGCUCUGUAUUGUUCCAGGACUUUCCACAACUCCAACUGAGGAGGCCAUCAAUUUAAAGAAAGCAAUACGAGCUAGGAAACAAUUGGACUGAGGCAUAUCAGAUCAGAUCAGAUCAGAUAAUUUAUUAUAGGGAUCAAAAUGCAAUAUUUACGAAAAACAGUGGCUGUUGCUGUAGCACCAAGGUCAAGGUCAAGGUCAGUUUGGGUGCUUGGCAAUCAAGCUCAAUCUCUACGACCAGGACAUGCUUCGGCCAUGUCUAGUCGCCCUGCUGACCCAGCCCUGCACGCUGGGGACUAUGAAGCUGACCCUGUUGUCACCACCGGAGAUCCUCAAGCUACAGAAAAUGUUGCACAGGAAAAACCAGGCGUUGAUGAGCAACAGAGGCAAGUAGACAAACCACCCAGCAGCUGGGGCAAAGGAAAAGGAACAGGAACAGGAACAGAACCGGUUUCACCUCCUAAUAAACCCUCAUAUCCAAACGCCAGUUUCCCAAGGUUAGAGAAGACAGAAGUGACCCUGCAGCCGGAUCCGUCGGACCACCCAAUCAAUUAUACUGAGAAAAGGCGAGCUAGCCAAUACUCCACAGCUGCCACUGGUUUAUCAUUAGAGAAUUUCGAUUUGGAAAAGGUGAGCUGUGUGGGGCUGGAUGGUACACCCUGGCCAAGGGACAAGGAAAAUGAGGAGCACAAGACGGAUAGAGAUAGGGAAGAUGAACGAGAGUACUACAAGCAUCACAAGGCUUCGCCGUUGUCGGAGAUAGAGUUCGCAGAUACCCGGAAGCCCAUUACGCGUGUAAUGUACGGCACGGCUGCCGUAUCGGAGUAUGCUGCAGGUAGAGAUGUCAUUGGAUGGAGGCCGGAGCAGUUGGACACGGCUGAGGAGGCACUGCUUAGAGCUGCAAGGAUAUGGAAAGAGAAUGCCAUGCGUGGUGACCCUGAUGCUCCUCACUCCAGAGUGCUCAGAGCUCUACGCGGGGAGUCAUUCUGAGUCUGGACAGAUGACUCAUCUGUAUAUGUAAUCUGAUGCAUGAAUGGAAUGUAAUAUGUAAUGACAUUUAAUAAUUGUAUAUGUAUAUAUGUGUGUGUGUGCCAGCGUUUGUGAGAAGAACCUAUCACGGAAAGUUAAAACAUGGCAAUGAGUGAUGAAUUGAUGAUGAUAUAGAUCAUAGA